GCGGGGCGGAGCGGCGCGCGGGCCGGGCUGCUGGGGCGGUGCGUCCCUAGAAGAUGCCUCUAAUGGCGGAGUUCCUGAGAAGCACCCGUGGGUCAGUGGCUUUGAAAGGGAGCCCAAGCCAGAGCUUAUUUAAAGCCCUGGACAUCACAUCCUGAGGGCUGCAGGAGAGGAGAGCAUGGCUGUGAGCUUAGAUGACGACGUUCCCCUCAUCCUGACCUUGGACGAGGGUGGCAUUGCCCCUCUGGCUCCCUCCAACAGCCUGGGCCAAGAGGAGCUGCCGAGCAGAAACGGAGGCAGCUAUGCCAUCCACGAUGCCCAGGCUCCCAGCCCAAGCUCCGGGGACGAGGGCUUCCCCUCGAGCCCCACCGGACACAACUGGGAGAUGAAUUACCAAGAGGCAGCUGUCUACCUCCAGGAAGGCGAGAAUAACGACAAGUUUAUCACCCACCCCAAGAAUGCCAGAGCACUGGCGGCCUACCUCUUCGCACACAACCACCUCUUCUACCUGAUGGAGCUGUCGACGGCCCUGCUCCUGCUGCUGCUCUCCCUGUGCGAGGCCCCCGCCGUGCCUGCGCUGCGGCUUGGCAUUUACGUCCACGCAACCCUGGAGCUGUUUGCCCUCAUGGUGGUCGUGUUUGAACUCUGCAUGAAGUUGCGGUGGCUGGGCCUCCACACCUUCAUCCGGCACAAGCGGACCAUGGUCAAGACCUCCGUGCUGGCGGUGCAGUUCGUUGAGGCCAUCGUGGUGCUGGUACGGCAGACGUCCCAUGUGCGGGUGACCCGGGCGCUGCGCUGCAUCUUCCUGGUGGACUGUCGGUACUGCGGCGGCGUGCGGCGCAACCUGCGGCAGAUCUUCCAGUCCCUGCCGCCCUUCAUGGACAUCCUGCUGCUGCUGCUCUUCUUCAUGAUCAUCUUCGCCAUCCUCGGUUUCUACUUAUUUUCCCCUAAUCCUUCAGACCCCUACUUCAGCACCCUGGAGAACAGCAUCAUCAGUUUGUUUGUCCUCUUGACCACAGCCAAUUUUCCAGAUGUGAUGAUGCCCUCCUAUUCCCGGAACCCCUGGUCCUGUGUCUUCUUCAUCGUGUACCUCUCCAUUGAGCUGUACUUCAUCAUGAACCUGCUUCUGGCCGUGGUGUUCGACACCUUCAACGACGUCGAGAAACGCAAGUUCAAGUCUCUGCUGCUGCACAAGCGAACCGCCAUCCAGCACGCCUACCGGCUGCUCGCCGGCCCCCGGGAGCCCGGCGGCAUCUCCUACAGGCGGUUUGAGGGCCUAAUGCGCUUCUAUAAGCCCCGGAUGAGCGCAGGGGAGCGCUACCUUACCUUCAAGGCCCUGAAUCAGAGCAACUCACCUCUGCUCAGCCUGAAGGACUUUUAUGACAUCUACGAAGUCGCAGCCUUGAAAUGGAAGGCAAAGAAAAACAGAGAGCACUGGUUUGAUGAGCUUCCCAGGACAGCGUUCCUCAUCUUCAAAGGAAUUAAUAUCCUCGUGAAGUCCAAGGCCUUCCAGUAUUUCAUGUACUUGGUGGUGGCCAUCAACGGUGUCUGGGUCCUGGUGGAGACAUUCAUGCUGAAAGGUGGGAACUUCUUCUCCAAGCACGUGCCCUGGAGUAACCUCGUCUUUCUCACGAUCUACGGGGUGGAGCUGUUCCUGAAAGUGGCCGGCCUGGGUCCCGUGGAGUACCUGUCCUCCGGAUGGAACCUGUUCGACUUCUCGGUCACGGCGUUCGCCUUCCUGGGACUGCUCGCUCUGGCCUUCAACAUGGAGCCCUUCUACUUCAUAGUGGUCCUGCGCCCCCUCCAGCUGCUGAGGUUGUUCAAACUGAAAACCCGUUACCGCAACGUGCUGGACACCAUGUUUGAGCUGCUGCCCCGUAUGGCCAGCCUGGGCCUGACCCUGCUCAUCUUUUACUACUCCUUCGCCAUCGUGGGCAUGGAAUGCUUCUGUGGGAUCCUCUACCCCAACUGCUGCAACUCGAGCACAGUAGCAGAUUCCUACCGCUGGCUCAAUCACACCGUGGGCAACAGGACCGUGGUGGAGGAAGGCUACUACUAUCUCAAUAAUUUUGACAACAUCCUGAACAGCUUUGUGACCUUGUUCGAGCUCACAGUUGUCAACAACUGGUACAUCAUCAUGGAAGGCGUCACCUCUCAGACCUCCCACUGGAGUCGCCUCUACUUCAUGACCUUCUACAUCGUGACCAUGGUGGUGAUGACCAUCAUCGUGGCCUUCAUCCUCGAGGCCUUCGUCUUCCGCAUGAACUUCAGCCGCAAGAACCAGGACUCGGAAGUUGACGGAGGCAUCACCCUUGAGAAGGAGAUCUCCAAAGACGAGCUGCUCGCCAUCCUCAAGCCGUACCGGGAGGUGCGGGGAGCCGCCUCCGACGUCUCCCAGCUGCUCAAGAUCCUGUCCCAGAUGGAGAGAUACGAGCAAAACACCGUGGUGUUCCUGGGGCGGAGAUCAAGGACCAAAAGUGACCUGAGCCUGAAGAUGUACCAGGAGGAGAUUCAGGAGUGGUACGAGGAGCACGCCCGGAAGCAGGAGGAACAGCGACAGCUCAGCGGCAGUGGCUUCCCCGCCGCCAGGCAGCCCGCAGGCGGCCGCCAGCGCUCGCAGACCAUCACCUAAGCCCCGCUGGAGAAAGCCAUCUCUUCUAUGCAAUAACACGAUAGUAUUA